CUGCAUCCGCUCGUUCUGCGCGCCCGCCUGCCCGUCCGCCCGGAGCCCGCGAUCUCCGCACUUGCUGAAUUUUUCAAGCCAUAUCCAGUUGAUAGGAUGAAAAAGUUUAAGAGGAGACUGUCCCUCACGCUCAGGGGAAGCCAGACGAUUGAUGAGUCCCUGUCGGAGCUGGCUGAACAGAUGACCAUAGAGGAGAGCAGUAGCAAAGACAACGAGCCCAUUGUGAAGAAUGGCAGGCCGCCAACGUCUCACAGCAUGCAUUCCUUCCUCCAUCAGUACACAGGGUCCUUCAAGAAGCCCCCACUGCGAAGACCCCACAGCGUUAUUGGAGGAAGCCUUGGUUCCUUUAUGGCAAUGCCCAGAAAUGGAAGCAGAUUAGAUAUUGUUCAUGAAAAUCUGAAAAUGGGAUCAGAUGGUGAGAGUGACCAAGCUUCUGGGACAUCAUCUGAUGAAGUCCAGUCCCCUACAGGUGUUUGCCUCAGAAAUCGUAUACAUAGACGGAUCUCAAUGGAGGACUUGAAUAAGCGGCUGUCGCUGCCUGCAGACAUCAGGAUACCCGAUGGCUACCUGGAGAAGCUGCAGAUCAGUAGCCCGCCCUUCGACCAGCCCAUGAGCCGCAGGUCCCGCAGAGCCUCCUUAUCAGAAAUUGGGUUUGGGAAAAUGGAAACCUACAUCAAAUUGGAAAAGCUUGGAGAGGGCACAUAUGCAACGGUAUAUAAAGGGAGAAGUAAGUUGACAGAGAACUUGGUGGCAUUAAAAGAGAUCCGCUUGGAACACGAGGAAGGUGCGCCCUGUACAGCCAUAAGAGAAGUUUCACUGUUAAAGGACUUAAAACAUGCAAAUAUAGUAACGUUGCACGACAUCGUUCACACGGACAAGUCUUUGACUCUGGUCUUUGAGUACCUGGACAAAGACCUGAAGCAGUACAUGGACGACUGCGGGAGCAUCAUGAGCAUGCACAACGUCAAGCUGUUCCUGUACCAGAUUCUCCGUGGUUUGGCAUAUUGCCAUAGAAGAAAAGUGUUGCACCGGGACCUGAAACCACAGAACCUCCUCAUUAAUGAAAGAGGAGAACUAAAGCUGGCCGACUUUGGACUAGCCAGAGCCAAGUCAGUCCCCACCAAGACCUACUCAAAUGAGGUUGUCACGCUGUGGUAUCGGCCCCCUGACGUGCUUCUUGGUUCCUCGGAGUACUCAACUCAGAUCGACAUGUGGGGAGUUGGCUGCAUUUUCUUUGAAAUGGCUUCUGGAAGACCACUGUUUCCAGGGUCAACUGUGGAAGAUGAACUGCACUUAAUAUUUCGACUACUAGGAACUCCAUCUCAGGAAACUUGGCCAGGUGUUUCUUCAAAUGAUGAAUUCAAGAACUACAACUUCCCAAAAUAUAAGCCACAACCUCUAAUUAAUCAUGCACCCAGGUUAGAUUCUGAAGGAAUUGAGUUGAUAACAAAGUUUCUUCAGUAUGAAUCUAAGAAAAGGGCUCCAGCAGAAGAGGCCAUGAAACAUGUGUACUUCCGAAGUCUAGGACCGAGAAUACAUGCUUUACCAGAAAGCGUAUCAAUAUUCAGUUUGAAAGAGAUUCAGUUGCAAAAGGACCCGGGUUUUCGAAAUUCUUCCUAUCCAGAGACAGGACAUGGGAAGAACAGAAGACAGAGCAUGCUCUUUUAAGUCUGGUAGCUUGGUCUCAAGCCCAGCCCCAGCCUUUCUUACCAGCCAUGGACUCAGAGCUGAAGGCAGUCAUUUCUUGUGCUGGACUUGGGAUCUCCGUGUGUCUGCACUGUCCUCUUCCCAGUGGAGUCUUUUUAUUUCAGACCUACAGAUUGUUUUUAUAUUUGUUGUCACAGUGUGACAAUUUUUUUUUUUUUGUACAGUUGGUUUUAAGGUCUUCUCUGCCUGUAGAGCCAAGAGGUUACAGCUCUCAAUGUAACUGUGGCUGCAGAUUUGUGCAGGACUGAGAAACACAGUGCAUUAUUUAUUGUGGAAUCAUUGCUGCUAAAUAACUACUGUCUGUUUAUUUAACACAACAGUUGAAUGCCUGAAGAAGUUGCAGUGGCUUUAUUAGAUGUGAACGCAUCUGUUUCUCCUCACAAAUUGUUUGACUGCUGCGUUUCGUUGUUGUUUUGUUUUGUUUGUUUGUUUUUUUUUAAAAAAAAAUUAAACUGCAGUGUUUCCUGGAAUGUAUAUUUAGCUUUGCUUAGCAGUAAAAUAAGUGAGCCAUCGUGAACUCGAAGUUCGUGCUACUUAUAAUUUCUUAGGAGCAUUGGCCAAUAGAGUAGCUGAGAGAGGGACAGCACCGUGUGUUUGGGAAGUGUGUAAUGUGGGGGGGCUGAGCCAAGCAAAUGAAUAGCAGCCAUUUUGGGUUCCCACAUCAGACACCAAUCAACUAAGAAAACCGAGUUACCCAUUUUUACCUAUUCCUCACCUUAGAGAUGUCUACUGCCUACUCGUAUGCCUACACUUGAUUAACUUUUACACUGUGCUUUCAGUUAACAUUUAACCAUAGAGGUCAUUCAAACAGGAAAAGCCUUGCUGCUGUUUGUCUGAAGCACGUUUCUUUUCCUAGAUACUACUUCAUUUUGAGGAACAGUUUCUUUCACUUGGGGGCUGUGUGUGUUUCAAAUAACGUUCACUUGGAAUAACCAGCUGAAAGCUGGACUCUGUCUUUAAAUGGAGCCAUGAUGAAUUAGAAAUGAGAAAUAAGAGCCCAGAGGACUGCCUUAGCAUUGUGGGUAUUAUCUGCUCAUCAGAGACACUAACAGUGUAACUUGAAUUAUGCAUGUCCUUGACCAUCACAGACACUCGGUGUUGGUAACCGUGUCUUAGGCAUUCACGUUCAUCGUUAAGGACUAUUGGUUAGUGCAUCUUACAACUAGAAAUCUUAAUUGGUAUACUUUGAAAUGGUCAUGUAAGUUUUUGCCUUAUAUCAUGAAAAUAGUUAUAACUUAAUUUUUGUCCUGCCAUUCACUGUAAAACAUUCAGGGUCCUCUCAUUUCUGUUCAGGAAAUCCUGUAGUUUAUUGUUUGUUAUUUAACAGUAUUAAAGUGAGUUUUUGUAUAUUUUCAUUUUAACUUUAUUUGUGAAUAGUGAUUGUGGCAUGUUUGGGGAUGUUAUUUUAAUAUUUCACAAUACUGAAAUUUUAAUUUUUUUUUUAAAAAAAAGAAAGUUCUGGAAGAAACAGAUUCAUGUGUAACGGUGAAUAUUGGACCACUGCUGCUUUUCACGAUUGUCAGCUGGUUUUAUGUUAAGCCCUGUAGCCUAACUGCUGUUAUUUCUAACUGACAGACAUGUAUUAAUAUUGUACUUUGAAGGUUAUAAAUAUUAUGUGAAAAUUCCUCCCUUCGUUUUGAAAUUUAUAAUAACUAAAUCUCUGUGUUAUAUAAAAUGUGAUCUUUGUGGA